CCACACCCCGUGCCAUUGACGAAGCUGUCGAGGCGAGAUGGUGUGGCUGCAGUAUGCUGCGACCCGGAGGCAGCGCGCCGCCACAGCGGGCCUCUUCCUCACCGGCGCCCUGCUCAUCGCCGUCGCCGCGCGCCUCUCCUACGCCAACAUCGAGCCCCAGCGCGCCAAGGCCGCCGAGCGGCGCAAGGUCCUCGAGGCGUUCAUCGCCCGCAAGCGCGCCGCCGUCGCGGGAGCAGGCGACUCUCACUCCCACUCCCCGCCAGAUCCACCGAAAGCCUAGCCGGAUCGCGCGCUCCAAAUGCAACUGCCAGUAUCCCCGGCAUUCAGUCGGCAGUCGGAGCAAAGGGGAUCGUUCUCCUCCUCACCUGGAUCGCAGGUGUCACCUCAGUUGGAUAGGAUAGCGAUGCUACUUUCAUUGUGUAUUUAGGAACUUGGCCCAACACUGUAUUCUGAACUCAGAUUAUUUUUCCUACCUCGGUGGCAGACUCAUAGUGCAGUGUUCUUGUA